AUGACCCAAUCCACCACUCCAGGCUUCGACAAAGCCUUCGCCCAAACCCUCUGCGAUCUCCAAGUCCCCAAAUUUAUCAAAAUCUCCCCUAACGGCGAAAAACUCGUCUACUCUACCAGUCUCGUCGGCGGUCAUCUUAAAGGCAAAAACGCCCUCUCAACACUCUGGAUCGCAUCAUCAUCUGAACCAAACUCAUCUCGUCAACUAACAUCCGGUCUUUUCAACGACACUUAUCCAAAAUGGCACCCCGACGGAAACAGAAUUGCCUUUCUGUCAGAUCGUGCAAAAGUUGGUGAAAGUUCGGCGAUAUACACCCUGAGAAUGGACGGUGGUGAUGCGAUCCCGAUAACUGAUACUGAGAAUGAGGAGGAUAUUGAGAGUUUUUGGUUCUCGCCCGAUGGGAAGACUAUUGCGUAUAUUUCUCCAGAUGAGAAAACUGAGGAUGAGAAGGAGAAGAAUGAGAAGGAUGAGCCUGAUCCUGAAGUUUGGGGUGAGAAAUGGGACUUUGCAAGAUUGAGACUCGUUGAUGUCGAAUCUCGUGAGACAAAGGUUCUUUUCGGUGGCGAUAAGCAUGUUGGCGAAAUUUCUUGGAGUCCUGAUGGGAAGAAAAUUGCUUUUAUGAGUACGGAGAAUCCUCAUAUCGAAGAGGCGAUGUUGACUGGGACCACUAUUUCAACGGUUGAUGUUGAGACUGGCAAGUUCAAGGAGCUCUGCAAGGUCAUAAACGAGCCGUAUGAUCUUACAUGGGCGCCUGAUGGCCAGGUUUACUUCAUCACUGGAGUACCUGAUGAUAAAGAUACGGGAGGAAGAGCGGUCUACAAGACUGAUCCCAAGGCUGACGCUCACGAUUUCAUCAAGGUUGCAUGUGGCGUGGAUGACGAUGCUGGAGGGCUCCAUGUCGUUGGUGGAAAGAUCAUUGUUAAUCGUCAGGUUAGGCUGGUUGAUGUUAUCAGUGAGCUGGGAGGCGAUGAUCUUUUCGAUGAGAAGAAGGAGCUUUGGGUAUAUGAUAUCUUCAUCAGUCCCGAGACUGGAAGUCCGCUCCUUGCGGCGAGCUUGUCAGAUGUUGGUACGCCAUACGACAUCUUUAUCAUCGAACCAGGCAAAGGCAGGAUCAAAAUCUCCAAGCAUGGAAAACCACUCGCAGGUAAAUCCCUCGGUUCAUGCACAGUCCUCACCUGCCGAUCCACCGAUGAUGAAGUCGAACUCGAUGGUCUUUACCUCACCCCAAAUUCCGAAGCAAACUCCGACAAGAAGCCAACUAAACCUCUUCCAACAUUGGUCCUCAUCCACGGCGGUCCAACAUCUCGUGACACUGAUAGCUUCGACACAACAUGUUUCAACUGGGCACCAUAUAUCCUCUCAAAGGGCUACGGUGUUCUCCUUCCUCAAUAUCGCGGCUCAAGCGGUCGUGGAGAAAAGUUUGCAUCUUACAGUAUGGGCGGACAGGGAAAAUACGACUAUGCUGAUGUUGUUGCUAUCACUGACAACGCUAUCAAGAAAGGCUUCGCGGAUCCUAAGAAGCUCAUUGUUGGAGGCUGGAGUCAAGGUGGUCUGUUGACAUACCUCUGCAGUGUGCGCAAUGGUCUUCACGGCCUAGGCUGGCGCUUCAACGCAGCUAUCUCUGGGGCUGGAGUCUGCGACAUUGAAAGUCUCGCCCUUACAGCUGAUCUUGGUUCAACCUACGAAAUCGAACUUGCGGGCGGUGACACAAUCUGGACUCUCAACCGCGACGACACGAGAAAUCGGCAGGGCAGUGCACUCUGGGAAGUCGCUAGUGCAGUGAAGCAUACUCAAGAAACAGGAGAGAUGGUGAUUCCUCCUAUGCUGAUCCUUCAUGGUGAUAAGGAUGAGCGAUGUCCGUUUUCACAGGCUGAAGGAUUUAGGAGGGCGUUGAGACAUUGGGGGUUGAAGUACGAGUUUCGCAACCCAAUCUAUCUCCGCUCCUUUCUCCGCUGGGCCAUUGGCGCCGCCGCCACAUCCUCCAACGAAUCUCUCACUCUACGCGUGAUGAAACACGAUCCUAUCCUCAACACCUGGACCCUCAUCGAAAACUCUCGCCUCAAGAAACCCGGGGAUCUUCAGGUCGUUGUCAUCACAGAAGAGGAGAUGAACAAGAUGCCUGAUCGCUGGGGAGGAAAGAUCACAAAAGACACGACUACACGCACGGGACCGAGUUUGGCGGCGUUUCCAGGCUUUGGACUUCCUGUUCCGGAGUUUUCGGAGGUUAUGAAGAAUGGGAUGGAGGUUCUGGCGUGGAGGGUUUUUGGGAGUGCGGAUAAAAUGUUUAUGGAUACGGAUGGGUUUGGACUUCCGGGGGUGUCGGGGAUGAUUCAGGCUUGGUUUGAGCGUAUUUGAGUGGAGGUUGAUCUGGGAGGUAUGGAGUCCUUGCUUGUAUUGUAGGUGGUUGAGACUUUGCACAGGAUGAUGGGGAGAUUAGCUUGGCAAUUGUACAGUGAGAGUAUGGUUUCGGUAGG